AUUAAAUGCAGUGUUGUAGAGAGUAUUGGCGAUGAAGUAAGAAAUCUAAAGGAAGGGGAUUUUAUAAUUCCAACAUACAUAGGAGAAUGUGAAGAAUGUGAGAAUUGUGUUUCAGGAAAAACCAAUGUGUGUUUGACACAUCCUGUGAGGUUGACUGGUCUAAUGCCAGACAACAGUUCAAGGUUGUCAAUUAAAGGGCAAAAACUAUACCAUGUUUUGAGUUGUGCUACAUGGUCAGAAUAUGUGGUUGUUGAUGUCAACUACCUUACUAAAGUUGAUCCAAACAUUAAUUUGGCUUAUGCUAGUUUCAUCUCAUGUGGCUUUUCAACUGGUUAUGGAGCUUCUUGGAAGGAAGCCAAAAUUGAAACUGGUUCAACUGUUGCUGUUUUUGGUCUUGGAGCUGUUGGAUUAGGGGCUAUAAGCGGGGCCAAGAUGAUGGGAGCAAGUAAGAUAAUUGGGAUAGACAAAAAUGAAAAGAAGAAAGAAAUAGGAGAAGCUUUUGGAAUGACUCAUUUUAUAAAUCCAAGUGGUUCUGAUAAAUCUCCUUCAGAAUUGGUCAAAGAGUUGUGUGGAAUGGGUGUAGAUUAUUGCAUUGAAUGCACUGGAGUUCCAACUUUACUAACUCAAUCUGUGGAAGCCACAAAAGUGGGAAUAGGUAAAACAAUUGCGGUUGGUAUAGGAGCUGAACCU